CGAGCGCCGAGCGGCCUGGCGGUGUAGACCGCGUUUCUUCAGGAUGUGUGCUGUACGCAGGCUGCGCGGGAAGCGCCGGGGGUUGCCCCUCCAGCCACUGCACGAGUGGUCAAAUGGGAGCAGAUGAAGAAAUUGAUGGCUUCGAAGGAAGAUCAGCUGAAGUAGAAGAAAUAAAGGUGGAAAAAGAGGCCAAAACCCAAGCUAUUCUUUUAGAGAUGGAGGAAGUGACUUUUGAGGAUGUGGCUGUGAACUUCACCAUAGAGGAGUGGGCUUUGUUGAAUUCAUCCCAGAAGAAGCUCUACAGAGAUGUAAUGUGGGAAAACUUUAGGAAUGUGUCUAUUAUAGGAAGAAACUGGGAUGACCAGCAAAUUGAAGAUGAGUACCAAAAUUACAGGAAAAAUCCAAGAGCUGCAGAGGUAGAUAGAUACCAUCAAGAUAAAUUAUGGUAUGAACAUGGAGAAAUGGUUUUUAUGGCUCUUGAUACAAAUCUCCACGUGAAACUGCUUGGUAAAAAAUCAGGUGAAAGCUUUGCAUUUGGAAGCCCUCUGAUUAACCCUUCAUCAGCAACCAUGCUCCACAUACAUAACAGUGGGCUUAACUCAUAUGAGCUCCACAGAUUUGACCAAAAGCUUACUAAGUGUAACAGACAUGGGAAAACCUCCACUGACUUUCAGUCCUUUCAGAAACACGAAAAGGCAAAUCCUGAAGAAAAACCCUAUGGAUGUAAGCAGUGUGGAAAAUCUUACUCUGAUUACACUGAAGGAAAUGAUGCUAAAGAGAAAUCCUUUCUUUAUAAGCAAGAUAUGAGAGCCUUCAGUACAUCUAACCAUGUUCAAAUCCAGGAAAGAGAUCAUAGUAGGGCGAAUACCUAUAUAUGUACACAGUGUGGAAAAGGUUUGAAUUCUCAACAUGAUGUUGAGAAACAUGAAAGAGCUCACAGGGGGAUAGAAUCCUAUGUAUAUAAACAGUGUUGGAAAUCCUUAAAUAAUAACACUUCAUCUAGAAAUCAUGAAAGAACUCACAUUGGGGGAAAACCCUACAUAUGUAAGCAGUCUGGGAAAGCAUUCAGCACACAGAAUGGUUGUCAAAAGCAUGAACAGACUCACAUUGUGGAGAAAUCCUUUGUUUGCAAGCAAUGUGAAAAAGCUUUCAGCAAGCAGAGAUAUUGUCAAAGACAUGAACAAACUCACACUGGGGAGAAACCCUAUGAAUGUAAGCAGUGUGGGAAGGCUUUCAGGACAAACAGUAAUUAUCAAAUACAUGAAAGAACUCACACUGGGGAGAAGCCCUAUAUAUGUAAGCAGUGUGGGAAAGCUUUCAGGACACACUUUAAUUGUAAGGAACAUGAACGAACUCAUACUGGGGAGAAGCCCUAUAUGUGUAAGCAAUGUGGGAAAGCUUUUAGCACAAACAGUAAUUGUCAAAUUCAUGAACGGACUCACACUGGAGAGAAACCCUAUGUAUGUAAACAGUGUGGGAAAGCUUUCAGCACACACAGUUACUGUCAAAUACAUGAAAGGACUCACACCGGGGAGAAACCCUAUGUAUGUAAGCAAUGUGGGAAAGCUUUCAAGACACGGAGUAAUUGUAAAAUACAUGAAAGGACUCACACUGGGGAGAAACCCUAUGUAUGUAAGCAAUGUGGGAAAGCUUUCGUCACAUACAGUUACUGUCAAAGACAUGAACGAACUCACCUUGGGAAGAAACCUUAUGUAUGUAACCAGUGUGGGAAAGCUUUCAGGACACACUUUAAUUGUAAGGAACACGAAAGGAUUCACACUGGGGAAAAACCUUAUGCAUGUAAACAAUGUGGGAAAGCUUUCAGGACACAGAGGCAUCAUAAAAUACAUGGAAGAAUUCAUACUGGUGAAAAACCCUAUGCAUGUAAGCAUUGUGGGAAAGCUUUUGUAGCACAGAGGCAGUGUAAAAAACAUGAAAGGACUCAUACUGGGGAGAAACCUUAUGUAUGUAACCAAUGUGGGAAAGCUUUCAGUUGGCAGUAUAUAUAUAAAAUACAUGAGAAAACUCACACUGGUGAGAAACCCUAUAUAUGUAAGCAAUGUGGGAAAGCUUUCACCCUGCAGAGUUACUGUCAAAGACAUGAAAAAACUCACACUGGGGAGAAACCCUAUGUAUGUAAGCAGUGUGGAAAAGCUUUUACCAGACACAGUCAUUGUCAAAGACAUGAAAGGUCUCACACUGGGGAGAAACCUUAUGUGUGUAGCCACUGUGGGAAAGCUUUCAGCAGGCACAGUUCUUGUCAAAUACAUGAACAAAAUCACACUAGAGAGAAACCCUAUAUAUGUAAGCAAUGUGGUAAAGCUUUCAGCUCACACAGGUAUUUUCAAAAACAUGAACAAACUCACACUGGAGAGAAACCCUAUGUAUGUAAGCAAUGUGGUAAAGCUUUCAGCACACACAAUUGUCAGAUACAUGAAAGGAACUUUACUGGGGAGAAACCUGAUGUGUUUAAACAAUGUGGGAAAGCUUUCAAGACACAGAGUAAUUGUAAAAUGCAUGAAAAGACUCACACUGGAGAAAAACCAUGUCAAUGUAAGCAGUGGGGCAAAGCUUUUAUCAGGCACAGUUUUCAAAAACAUGAAAGGUCACAAAUUGGACCCUGUGUAUGAAAAUGAUAUUGGAAAACUUGCAGCACACAAAAGGAUUGUCAAGGCAUGAAAGAAAUCAUAGUGCAGAAACCCUGUUAUGUAAGUAUAUGGAAAAGCCUUUCAGUUACUGUAGUAAUCACCAUGAGAUUAAGAAAUUAAAAGAAAAUUAACUUAGAAUAUAUAAAGUGACUGGCACUGACAUGAAAGGACAGUGCAGAGGAAGCCCAUGUAAUAAAAUCUUUCAGUACACAGGUAUUAUUACAUACCUGAAAGAAUGCAUAUAACACAGAAUCUGAACAUAUGAGCAAUGUAGGAAAUGUUUUACUUUUCUCAAUGCAUUGAGUUCCAUGAAAGAAUUUAUGAGAGGGAAGUGAUAUGUAUGCAACAAAUAUGAAAGAAUUUUGACUGAAGAGAAAGCCUAUAUAAAUAAUCUAUGAGAACUUUUUAUGAUUCUCAUACCAUCACAAAACAUGCACAAACUCAAAAUGAGAUUUAGUAAAUACCAAAUGUGAGCUAAUAAUGAGUGUGACAGAGACAGAUGUGUUAAGGAUCAGAUACACUGUUUCAAAGUUUUGGAGUAAUGCACAGAUGAGGCUGGAAAGUGCAUAUUACAUGCAGAAUAACAAAGCCCCUGUCAACCAAGUCUUCAGUACAUAGCUUUAAGGGACAUUUUUUUAUGCAAACCAUUGCCUUAGUUGUAUAGGUAAAGUUAAGUAAGCCUGAUCAUAUUUAUUUUUCGUAUCUUAAAUUGACAAUUUUAAAGAAGCAGAGGGUUUAGUGACUGUUACCAUAUGUUUGGGCGGUGAAGUUGAGAGAUGUUAAUGAAAAAGCACAGUGUUUCUCUAGAAUACAAAAUGGCACAGAUCCUACAGGGACUGCAGUGAUUGUGGCAGUGCCAAGUAGAAUUUGGUAAAGGUUGUUUUAAUGUUUCUCCAUAUAUCCAAAAGAUAAUUGUUUAGAUGAUGCAAAUUCUACCUAUAAUAUAAACAACAAUAAAUUGCAUUUUACACUUUCAGUACAUGAUUUUGUUAUUUUUGUUUUAUGAAAUGAAUACA